GGGUAGCGGGGGAAGGAGGAGGCGGCGGCGGCGGUGGCGCGGGACUGCUGGAGGCGGAGGCGGAGAGAUGCGGGGCCGCCGCCAACGGCCGCCCGGGAGGUACACUUGAGUAUCUGGAUCAGGAAGAUAUUGAGUGGCUCUUGGCAUGGGUAAGAUUUGUAAGAGUCCUGGAGCUCCAAGCCAUGAUUAACCUGAUGGUUCCUGAUUUAACUGAGGAAAAAAAAUGCAUCAAGUGCCAAUUAAACAGUGUGUCUAUAUAUAUUUAAACCCUUUUCUCUGUAUAUACACAUUUACAUGAGAAGACAGGCUUCUGCAUUUUUGGAAAUUUUACAACCAAUGAAAAUUAAUUUACGACUCAGAUGGAACAACUUCACACUGCUGGGCUCAGGAGCCCAGGGAGAACAGCCUAUCACUAAUGGUUGGUUUUCCAUAUGGUGUUCGUGGGAAAAAAAAGUUUGCGAAAAGAGGAAGAAGAAAUUGCACAGAUUAACCCUCAAGAAUCUCUCUCUAGUUGCGAGACGGAACUAACUGAGAAGGCGACCAAGAGGCAGUGUGAAUUUAAAUAGUGUCCACAGGCUCACACAGUGUUGUUUGCAUGUAGUUUUAUUGGUUUUGGUGAUUUGGACAAAGUUUAAAAUUCUGGACUGAAGUUCAGGAUCUUUUACUGUGGUUGUAGCUAGAGGACAACAGCUUCAGGUGUGAUGGGACAAGUCUGAAAAUGAACUGAUUUCUUUGCGUCUUUUAGUUAAUUAUAUUUGAAGAAUCUUAAUUUAUUUUUUCCCUUUUUCUUUCCUGCAUCUUUAGGAUAAUAUUUUAGAGUAUCAAUUGGAACCGAUAAUUGCAAAAUAAAUAUCCUGGAAAAUCCAAAGAUAGCUCAUUUUUUUCUUGUACUAAAGUGUGGAAGCAUUAAGAGGCCUUGACCUUGAACAAGAAGGUGCUGUCAGCAAGGCCUAGGACUGCUCUAGGGAGGUGGUACAAUGUGGGCGACUCUGAUAUGAUACAUGCCUAGGUGUGUCGUUUGAGGGAUCGGAGAACUCCAUGUGAGAGGAAGAUUAUUCAAUGGAAGUAAUUCUGAGACUACUGGUUUUUCAUUAAGAUAGAAAGACACAUGAUCUUCAGGGGCAGCACAAGUAGAGCAGUAACUGGGAGGUGGAAACGGAUGGAGUCCAGGGAAAGAGCAGAUCCUGCAGCCUGUCUCUGUCAGCAAGACGAGUUAGGACUCAUUCAUCCAAGGAAAAGACUUGGUUCACGUUAAUAGCUCUAGCCUCUGCCUCUGCUGGGGGAAGGGGAUUUGCUCUAGCCUCUAUGGCACAGAGGAGUGCUCCUGCCAGCACAAGAUCAUUGUAGGGAGCCCCGUGUUCCUAGGGACACAGGGCUCAGCUUUGAGACAGGAAGUUUCUGGUUCUGAACAGUGGGAGAAAGAGUGUUUUUCUUCCUGAAAUCUGGACUGCUGCCUGUACAAACUCGUCUUUUUUGCACGUUUGUGUGCCUUUCCCCCCCUUUAUGCAAUCCUUUCAGCUUUAGCAACAGAAAUUUAUCUAGUUCAGAAAGCAUGCUGGAGGGCGGCGUCAGAAGGAGCAUGAUCCUGUGAGCUCUGACUCUGUACUUGAACUUCUUGAGUAGAAAAUUGCAGCUAGAGGGAUUCUUAAAGCCUUAAGUUACUUGAAAUCUGCGUGUUUGCAGCCCCUUGUGUCUGGAAUCACACUACACAAAACUGGAAUCUCAGGCUGAAGGAGAAUAAACAAGAAAGGAGUAAGAGAACCAUUUCUCCAUCACCACUUGUGAAUCCUUCCUCCACAGGAUUGGCAUGCUCUUCCCUGAGGACGUGAAGAAAUGGACCCCACGUUCUUUAGGCGCUACCUUUCUUAGCAGACUGCCAUCAUCUUUUAUAGAGGAAUUUUUUCACUAUGCAUUUGGUGGAUCUUUGUAAAGUACUGACUUACUUAGCUUCAGCUCAGUUAUAAUUAAAGGAGAGAAGAAACAAAUAGUGUCACAAGCCAGUCACAGAAAUAAAGUAAACCAAUGACAAAACUUGGUUUAAAAUUUUCAGUACUUUUAAAGUAAAAUAAUUGAGUGAAAUAAAAAGUAUGUACGCGGCAGUGGAGCAUGGGCCUGUGCUUUGCAGUGACUCCAACAUCCUCUGCCUGUCCUGGAAGGGGCGCGUCCCCAAGAGCGAGAAGGAGAAGCCUGUGUGCAGAAGGCGGUACUAUGAGGAAGGAUGGCUUGCCACAGGCAAUGGACGGGGUGUGGUGGGGGUGACUUUCACCUCUAGCCACUGUCGCAGAGACAGGAGUACUCCACAGAGGAUAAACUUCAACCUUCGGGGUCACAACAGUGAGGUUGUGCUGGUGCGGUGGAAUGAGCCAUACCAGAAACUGGCCACAUGUGACGCGGAUGGAGGAAUAUUUGUGUGGAUUCAGUACGAAGGCAGGUGGUCUGUGGAGCUGGUCAAUGACCGUGGAGCGCAGGUGAGCGAUUUCACAUGGAGCCAUGAUGGGACACAAGCACUUAUUUCGUAUCGAGAUGGGUUUGUCCUGGUUGGUUCUGUCAGUGGACAGAGACACUGGUCAUCUGAGAUCAACUUGGAAAGCCAGAUCACAUGUGGCAUAUGGACUCCUGAUGACCAGCAGGUGCUGUUUGGCACAGCAGAUGGGCAGGUGAUCGUCAUGGACUGCCAUGGCAGGAUGCUGGCACAUGUCCUUCUGCACGAAUCCGACGGCAUCCUCAGCAUGUCCUGGAAUUACCCCAUCUUCCUGGUGGAGGACAGCAGUGAGAGUGACACAGACUCGGAUGAUUACUCCCCUCCCCAAGAUGGUCCUGCAUCAUACCCCAUCCCUGUGCAGAACAUCAAGCCUCUGCUCACCGUCAGCUUCACCUCAGGAGACAUCAGCUUAAUGAACAACUAUGAUGACUUGUCUCCCACUGUCAUCCGCUCAGGGCUGAAAGAGGUGGUGGCCCAGUGGUGCACACAGGGAGACUUGCUGGCAGUCGCUGGCAUGGAGCGACAGACCCAGCUCAGCGAACUGCCCAAUGGUCCCCUUCUGAAGAGUGCUAUGGUCAAGUUCUACAAUGUUAGAGGGGAGCACAUCUUCACGCUGGAUACACUUGUGCAGCGGCCCAUCAUUUCCAUCUGCUGGGGCCACCGGGACUCCCGGCUGCUCAUGGCCUCAGGCCCGGCCCUGUAUGUGGUUCGUGUGGAACACCGGGUAUCCAGCCUCCAGCUGUUGUGCCAGCAGGCCAUCGCCAGCACCCUGAGAGAAGACAAGGAUGUCAGCAAGCUGACCUUGCCCCCCCGCCUUUGCUCCUACCUCUCCACUGCCUUCAUUCCCACCAUCAAGCCCCCAAUUCCAGACCCCAACAACAUGCGAGACUUUGUCAGCUACCCCUCAGCGGGCAACGAGCGGCUGCACUGCACCAUGAAGCGCACAGAGGAUGACCCAGAAGUGGGUGGCCCCUGCUACACUCUCUACCUGGAGUACCUGGGCGGACUUGUACCCAUCCUCAAGGGAAGGCGCAUCAGCAAAUUGCGACCGGAGUUUGUCAUCAUGGACCCUCGGACAGACAGCAAGUCAGAUGAGAUCUACGGGAACAGCUUGAUUUCUACUGUGAUCGACAGCUGCAACUGCUCAGACUCCAGUGACAUUGAACUGAGUGAUGACUGGGCUGCUAAGAAGUCUCCUAAAAUUUCCAGAGCUAGCAAAUCACCCAAACUCCCAAGGAUCAGCAUUGAGGCCCGCAAGUCACCCAAGCUUCCCCGUGCUGCUCAAGAGAUCUCCCGGUCUCCCCGAUUGCCCAUGCGCAAGCCUUCCAUGGGGUCACCCAGCCUGACUCGGAGAGAGUUUCCUUUUGAAGACAUGGCUCAGCACAACUAUCUUGCUCAAGUCACGUCCAAUAUCUGGGGAACCAAGUUUAAGAUUGUGGGCUUAGCUGCUUUCCUGCCAACCAACCUCGGGGCAGUAAUCUAUAAGACCAGCCUGCUGCAUCUCCAGCCACGGCAGAUGACCAUUUAUCUCCCAGAAGUUCGGAAGAUUUCUAUGGACUGUAUUAAUUUACCUGUCUUCAACCCAAAUGUUUUCAGUGAAGAUGAAGAUGAUUUACCAGUGACAGGAGCAUCAGGUGUGCCUGAGAACAACCCACCUUGUACCGUCAACAUCCCUAUUGCACCAAUCCACAGCUCAGCUCAAGCUCUGUCCCCUACGCAGAGCAUAGGGUUGGUACAGUCCCUGCUGGCCAAUCAGAAUGUACAGCUGGAUGUCUUGACCAAUCAGACAACAGCUGUAGGGGCAGUAGAACAUGCAGGAGACAGUACCACCCAAUACCCAGUCUCCAGUCGGUACUCCAACCCUGGACAGGUGAUUUUUGGAGGUGUGGAAAUGGGCCGCAUCAUUCAGAACCCUCCUCAGUUGCCUUUGCCACCACCGCCACCCCCACCACAGGGGCCCAUGCAGCUGUCUGUGAUGGACCAUGGAGACCGAGAGCUUGAGCACCUGCAGAAGUCAGCCAAGGCACUGCGGCCAGUGCCUCAGUUGGCAGCUGAGGGGGAUGCUGUGGUUUUCAGUGCCCCCCAGGAGGUCCAGGUGACAAAGAUGAAUCCCCCACCCCCCUAUCCAGGAACUAUCCCUGCUGCCCCGACCACGGCGGCACCCCCACCCCCUCUGCCGCCACCCCAGCCUCCAGUGGAUGUAUGUCUGAAGAAAGGCGACUUCUCACUCUACCCUACGGCAACACACUAUCAGCCUCCCCUAGGCUAUGAGAGGAUCACCACCUUUGAUAGUAGUGGCAAUGUGGAGGAGGUGUGUCGACCUCGCACUCGGAUGCUCUGUUCCCAGAACACCUACACCCUCCCUGGUCCAGGCAGCUCUGCUACCUUGAGACUCACAGCCACUGAGAAGAAAGUCCCCCAGCCCUGCACCAGUGCCACGCUGAACCGCCUGACUGUCCCUCGCUACUCCAUUCCCACUGGGGACCCACCUCCAUAUCCUGAAAUUGCUAGCCAGCUGACCCAGGGACGGAGUGCUGCCCAAAGACUGGACAGCAGCCUCAUCCACGCCACCCUACGGAGGAACAACCGUGAGGUUGCACUUAAGAUGGCCCAGCUGGCUGACAGCUCUCGUGUCCCACUGCAGCCCCUGGCCAAGCCCAAGGUUGGCCCUGGUGGGGCAGGGGCACAGCUCCCAACAAGGCCUCCACCUGCCCUGUAUACUUGCAGCCAGUGCAGUGGCGCAGGGCCCAGCUCACAGCCAGGAGCCGUCCUGACCCACGCUAUCAGCACCUCCCCGCUGGCCUCCCAGUCCUCCUACAAUCUCCUGAGCCCUCCUGACACCUCCCGAGAUCGCACCGACUAUGUCAACUCGGCCUUCACAGAGGAUGAGGCCCUGACCCAGCACUGUCAGCUCGAGAAGCCCCUGAGGCAUCCCCCACUACCUGAAACUACUGUCACCAUGAAGCGGCCUCCCCCUUACCAGUGGGACCCUGUGCUAGGUGAGGAUGUUUGGGUUCCUCAGGAAAGGACAGCACAGCCUGCAGUGCCCAACCCCUUAAAACUGUCCCCUCUGAUGCUAGGGCAAAGCCAGCACCUGGAUGUGGCUCGAGUGCCCUUUGUCUCUCCCAAGUCUCCCUCUAGCCCUACUGCCACUUUCCAGACAGGCUAUGGGAUGGGAGUGCCAUAUCCAGGGAGCUAUAACACCCCCCCUUUGCCUGGAGUACAGGCUCCCUGCUCUCCCAAAGACACCCUGUCCCCAGCGCAGUUUGCACACCAGGAGUCCGCUGUUGCCCUUCAACCAGCGUACCCACCCAGCCUCUCCUAUUGCACCUUGCCCCCCACAUACCCAGGAAGCAGCACCUGCUCCAGUUUACAGCUGCCACCUAUCGCCUUGCACCCAUGGAGUUCCUACAGUACCUGCCCACCUGCGCAAAAUCCCCAGGGCACUCUCCCCUCCAAGCCCCACUUGGUUGUAGAAAAACCCCUUGUGUCCCCCCCACCCGCUGAUCUCCAAAGCCACAUGGGCACAGAGGUGAUGGUAGAGACUGCAGACAACUUCCAAGAAGUCCUCUCUCUGACAGAAAGCCCUGUCCCCCAGAGAACAGAAAAGUUUGGAAAGAAGAACCGGAAGCGCCUGGACAGCCGCACUGAGGAAGGAAGCGUUCAAGCCAUCACAGAGGGCAAGGUGAAGAAGGAGGCUAGGACUUUGAGUGACUUCAAUUCCCUCAUUUCCAGCCCCCGCCUUGGGAGAGAGAAGAAGAAGGUGAAAAGUCAGAAAGACCAACUAAAGUCAAAAAAGUUGAACAAGACGAACGAAUUCCAGGACAGCUCCGAGAGUGAGCCUGAGCUGUUCAUCAGUGGGGACGAGCUGAUGAACCAGAGCCAGGGCAGCAAGAAGGGCUGGAAGAGCAAGAGGAGCCUGCGGACCGCCAGCGAGCUGGAGGAGUUCAAGUGCCGCAAGGCCAGCGAGAAGGAGGACGGGCGGCUUGGCAGCCAGGGCUUCGUGUACGUGAUGGCCAACAAGCAGCCCCUGUGGAAUGAGGCCACACAGGUGUACCAGCUGGACUUUGGAGGACGGGUGACCCAGGAGUCAGCCAAGAACUUCCAGAUCGAGUUGGAGGGGCGGCAGGUGAUGCAGUUCGGACGGAUCGAUGGUAACGCGUACAUCCUCGACUUUCAGUACCCCUUCUCAGCUGUGCAGGCUUUCGCUGUGGCCCUGGCCAAUGUGACUCAGCGCCUCAAAUGAAGAGACGGAUGCAGGAGGAGUCAUGCCAGGAGCCUUUGGAGGCAGAGCUCAUGCUGCCAACACCCAGGAGGACCAGAGACAGCGGCAGAGGUGGAAGAGCCCAUCGGGCUAGGAGAGCACAGGUCUUAGGCGUGGCCAUUUGUCCAGUCCUCCUUUACUGUCUUUCUUUUCCCCUUUUGGUAGAGUGGUAUUUGGAAACCAGGAGUGCGAGGUACCUGUGUUCUGUAAGUCAGUGCAGCUUGCCUAGAGAAUAGUUUUGCUGACUUUACUUCCCAGUGACUGGGACAAGGGCCUUUGGAGAGAAGAUGGACUGCUUCUAACCUGCUGUUAUUAGACACAGGGAGGGAGGAAGUGCUCAUUCUCCCUGACAUCUGGCCUUCGUUACCUUUCUAGCAUUACCACUAGUACAAAACAAAAAAUAUUUUUGAAAACGCAACCAAAAAUCUUGAAGAUUCAGCUCUCUAAAGGAGAAGGGCGGCAUUUAAUUCACACAUAUGAUGCUGCUCCCAGGAUGCCUGGAUGAAUGAAGGACAUGUAUGCAAAAUGUCCAUGUUCCACUAAUGAAAGUAAGCUGAUUUGGUAGGCAGUGUGUUAGGGAAGGAAGAGACUGCCCUUGGAGACAGGCUCGCAGCACUCUGCAGACACCUGGUUGACUUGAUGUGCUUUGUGCAAGGGCUCUUCUUUUGUAAGGAUGAUAGGUGAGAGACUCCACUAGUUUCCUGUGCUGUGCAUGGGAUCAAUGAAAUGAUCCCAUCUGACUUUGGAAGAAGGUAACAGAUAUGAGUAGGCAGAUCCCAGCUAGGGCAGAGCUGGGAUCCUAUCCCAUAGUCAGUUGACCAGACCCCCUAGUUUGUUGAGAAACCGUCUUUAUCUUCCUUAUGCCUUUGUUCGUUUUAAUCUGGAGCAUAUUACUGUAAAACCCUUCUCUUAGAUAACAUUGCUAUAUCUUUGCUGAAGUAUGGAUGAGACUUGAUUUGAAGCUGCCCCUUUCCACCCUUUGUCCACAUUACAAAUCAGUUGACAAGAAAUACUUUACCUCAGUUAGAAGUGUAAUCAAAUGUUUAAGCAUUUGCCAGGAUACUAAAAGACAGGGUAUAGUCAAAUCCUUGACAAAAGCGUCACAAUAUUCUCUAAGGGAGAAAAGCUGUUUAUUCAGUGUAGAGACAGUACCAGAAGAUAAACCACGGGAAACAUGGUUAAAUUCAAAGUAGUCAAGUCUGCCUACAGUAUCUUUGCCCACUCCCCCUCUCAUGGGAACACACCUUGGGCAAAUAUUCAAACCUGAUAGUAAGACUCAGUCGAUGUUGUUAUUGUUAGUCCUACCUGUCACAGUGUUUAUUACCAGAACACAAGAGCUGUCAGCUGGCUUUGACUCCUAAACUUGGACCUUAUUUGAAAGCUAACUAGUGGAAGAUGAUACAGAAAAUUAUUUUCAGAUUAAACAUUGUUUUUUUUGUUUUUGUUUUGAUUUCCUGCGUUUAAGAAUUAGGAAGCAAACUGCCCAGUUCCUUUACCACAGCAAGAUGAAACCUCUCCUCACUCUUUCCAAAUUCCAAAGAAAUGCUGACAAGGUUUUUAAUGAUGGCAAAGGACAUCUUCCAGCUGACUCUGGAGGUGUCUGUUUUAUAGUUCAAAAUAUGACACCUGAUUCUUUGGUGGGCAAAUUCUUCUAGAAAGAGCUGAAUGAUAUAUUCAGAGUUACUGAGUUGUUUUGCCUAAGUUUCCAUAGCUUGAUAAGGUGUUUUAGUGCUUAUUAUUAGUAGCUGUGCAAUAAUGGUUGUAACCUGUUUAUGAAAUGAUUUAAAUGCAAUUUUCUUUGUUUUGUUGUCCAAGAAAUAGUUAUUUGUCUUGCUUUUCAUAGUAGUCUUAGAAAUUUUGUUACUAUGUAUUGGUGAUUUAUGCCCAUUUUAUUUAUUUAGAAAAGCAGACCCUUUGUAUUGACUUAUUUGGUAGCAGUAUAUUUUGCUGCAAGAAAUAAAGAGAAUGUGACAGAAGAUGUGUUUGCUGGAUAAUUUGUAACUUUCCCUAGAAUUGGGAGAAAGUCCGAUUAAUCCCUUAAAAAUAGCCAGGCGUGGUGGUGCACGCCUUUAAUCCCAGCACUCGGGAAGCAGAGGCAGGCGGAUCUCUGUGAGUUCAAGCCCAGCCUGGUCUACAUAAUGAGUUCCAGGCCAGCUGAGGCUACAAGAGAGACCCUGUCUCAAAAAGACCAAAAAAAAAAAAAGUUCACUCUUUAUCUCAUGGUAUUGAUUUAUAUGCAAAGGAUGGUAUUUCUUUAUGAUUGCAUACCUUAAAGUAUUUCCCCUUAUUUUUGACAUAUUUAGUUAAAAAUAAAAGAUGGGAAAAAGGGCAAGUGAGAUGCCUUAGAUAAGAGCAUCGAGGUAAUGGCCUCUUAAGGAAUAAGCUUCAGGAUUUUUACUUCAAAUUGGCUUUUUGAAAAAACUACAGAAGAAUGUACUUUAAAACUUUUAUUAAGAACAAACAUAGAAGAAAUCCCCCCAAAGACAUGCAGGCUUCCUAUCUUGGCACAUGAUGUGUGCCCUGGGAGAGCGGGCCAGGAGCAGCUGCCCCACCCAUUUGGGCAGGCAGGAGGACUGGGCCUCAGGUGCCACAUGGGCAGUAGGCAGCUGACGGCAGCCCUCGUGACAGUGUCUUCUAAGGUCAUGCUGGCGAGUUCUUUUAAAAUCUGCUUCAUUCAGUCAGUCUCACACAAUACUUCUCAAGUUAGGACUUUAAGCAACAGAGUUCUACGUACUUGAUGGUUGUUGAUGGCACUUAGAGAUGUCCAGAGGUCUCAUUUGCUCCUCAAAUUCAAAAACAUUAGUCCAGCUGGGUGUGUGGCGCACGCCUGUAGUCCCAGCACUUGGGAGGCAGAGGCAGGCGAAUCUCUGUGAGUUCUAGGCCAGCCUGGUCUACAUAGUGAGUUCCAGGACAGCUGGGAGCUUACAGGGAGACCCUGCUUCAAAAAGACCAAAAAAAAAAAGAAAAAAAGUCCAGCAAAAGGUAAACUACAUAAAGACUUGUGGGAAGAAAACAGUAUAAUUAACAAAGAUAAAAGACAGAUUUCAAUUUGUUUGGCUCUAACUUCAAGCCAAAUGCCAUGGAUGUAUGGACAGUAUCCAUUGAAUGUACAGCCUGAGAAAAGUUGGGACCAAAGAAGCAGGAAAUACUCAAAGCACUGAUAGCCACACAAAGCAAAGGCUCGUGCAGGUUGAUAUUUCAUCCUUUGCCAGUGCUCCCUUGUGAUGCAGUGCCCAUGCCGUAGUCACAGAAGGUCAGGAAGCUGGAGAUGGAACUUGCUCUGUCACAAAGAUGGGAGUAACCCUGGGCAAGUCCCUGGGAAUCCCUGGACACCCUUGCAAACUUCAUGCUGGUGCUAGCAGUCUGAGUGCAGCACUGAACAGCUCAUCUUCCCACUUUACAAAGGUGAAAGCAUGUUUCAAAACAUUUUUUUGUAGAGAAAAUGUUUCCUGAGUGUACAGCUGUCUACUUACUGUUUCCUGAACCACUUACCAUGUGUUCACAAAGUUUACCUCUAAAUGCAUUUGGAAUCAUGUUUGUUCUAAUAAAAUUACAGAACUACCAGUUCCAGGCACUUUGGAAGAAUGCCCUGGGAGUGUGCCCUACUUAGUGGGUCACCCUUAAUAGGCGUGUGCUAAAACUGAGGGUGAAUUCGGAAAGAAUUGAGGAGUGCUAAUCUAGGCUUGCCGCAUUUAGCAUGCUCCCGUGCAGGGGUGUUAACACUAUUUUCAAAUUCAAGAGGUGUCUUAGAAAGGGACUUGUAGAAAAGGAACCCAUGCUUAUCCCUAUGUGGACUGUAGAUUUCAUGGCCAAGUCAUGGGUUGUAGACAAAGUUAGCUGGGUCAGAAGUGUCGUUUGAGGUCCCUGGAGUCCGCACCAGCGUGCAGCUCAGCCUUCCGCACUGGUCCUGUGUCUCCUCUCUGGCUGAUAACAAGGGCUGUGGCUUGUUUGCGUUUUUCUUUGGCCUUGUGCGGUUUUCUUGUGCUUGUAUCUAUUUUCUGUUUACAAGUUAUUUUUAAAGGGAAGUGUAGGAUUUUAAGAUCUUGUUUAUUGUAGUAAAGUUUUUUUCGUAUUGUAGAAAAGCAUGGGUUAUG